UUUGAAGGCGGCGACAGGAAGCGCCGCGGCUCGUUUUACCGCCACUUGACGCAGCUCCCCGCAAACACAUACCGUCUCUUGGCGAACAUGGCGGCAACUUGACAACGGCAGCGAGAUGAAGACGGUGAGGGCUUGAAAAAGAAAAAAAGGAGGUCUGUUACAGGCUGCAGGCCCCACCGCCGACACAAAGACACACAGCUUCGCCAUGUUGGAAGAGGAUAGCGCCCUUGUCCCUGCACGACCGAGGCCGGGGAAAACGUAAACGCGUCGGUGAGUUGUUUCUAAAAACGGGAGUCGAGGCUACGCAGAGGAGCGGAGCGGCGCGGCGCGGAGCUCAGGGCGGACGGGGAGGACAGCGGCUUCACCGGUCAGCCAUGGAGGAUGCGGCCCGUGGUCGCCAGCGUCUGAUUUGCCAUCCGGCCCACGCUCAUUUUAAUGGGAAUUACCGCUGAUAGCAAAGGCAAGCCGGGACAACCCACCACCUGACAUUUGAGGGGAGGAAAACGCGAACGCGGACCCCCACGUCAAUGACUGUUGCGGCAGAGGAGCCCCCACGGUGGAGUCGGCCGGUUCCCAAAAUAUGACCAGGGGUGCUGGGACGUGUUGGCAGCAAGAAGAUGACGACGGCUUCCAAAUCUGGCUAGAGCCCCCCCGCGACAACCAAAAGCCAUUCACCGACUCAGAGAGGGCGCAGAGAUGGCGACUGUCCUUGGCAUCCCUCUUGUUCUUAACCAUCCUCCUCUCUGAUCACCUGUGGUUCUGCGCCGAGGCCAAACUGGCCCGGACCCGGGUCAAGUUCGCAUCCUCCCACCUCCUCUCACCCCAGACCCACUCAGCACACAGCAGCCUCAGAGGAAACCCAGAUGCUAUUUUUAUAGGAAACUCUACCAAACAUUUGUGGCGGCUCGAAACUUGCCACCAGGAUAGUUUGUCUAAGAACUGCUUCGCUUUCGCAGAUGCCGACCAUUUGUGCGGGGGCCUUUCCGACAAAGAGGGGACGCGGGCUGUAAAUAUGAGCGAUUUGUACCUUUCCUUUUGUAACUCCUACUCUCUGCUGGAUUUGUUCUACGGGUCGACAAGUCCGGACAAUUUGAACUGCAGCCUCGACGUGCUCGACGAUGGCGACACCAACAGAUGCAGCCUGUGCGUCCAGGCGUACCAGCGCUACGACCAGCACGCCCAGGAGAAAUACGAGGACUUUGAGCUCCUGACUCAGAAAUAUGAGCCGGGGGCAUAUUCAGUGAGGACGUGCAUGGAGCAAUGCAAGACGGCCUAUAAGCCCUGGCUCUGCGCUCAGUAUUUCCCCACCACCCAGCAGUCCUGUCAGAAGAGGGUACCGUGCCACCAGUACUGCCUGGAGGUCCAGCAGAGCUGUCCGUUCAUCCUGCCCGAUAACGACGACCUGAUCCACGGCGGCAGCCCCAGCUUCAUCUGCACAGGGCUCCUGGGAGAACAUCUAUCAGACAGUGAGGCGGAGUGCUGCGACGUCCGAUGGGACUCCAAAAUGGACAACCCUUCAGGCGGGACACUAAAAAGGACUGCUUCUUCCUGCCAGCCCGAGGGGGCCUCGGUCACCUCAGCUGCCACCCCGAGACUGUGCAGCGGGCGACUGAAGAUCUGCCUGCUGGCCCUCGUCCUCCUACACACUGUCAUCAUCAUUUCAGCCUCUCAUAAUUCUACGUUGGUGGGCGUGGCUGCCAUUUUCUCGCCAGAGGAGAGCGCUUCUAACGAGGAGUGAACCUUGGGGUUGAAUCUAGAGGAUUAUGGCUUUUAACGCCGUCAUGGCUGCCAGGGACACAUCUGGCGAGACAUGCUGGGAAUGCCUCUACAAUCUGCCGCAGAUGAACCAUCAACCACAGGAAGUGGGAGGGUUUUAACUGGAGCUAAGGGUGCUGGGAUUGGACAUCGGCCGAACCGAGACGUUUGACAACCAACCCCCUAAAGAACUGACCUCUUGCCACUUGAAACCUGCUCAUUGUUUCUAUUCCAUCCAAAUGUUUUCUAGCAUAUUGUCCCUCCUCUCUUCUUCCUCCCUCCCUCCCUUCCUUCUUUCCUCCCCUCCCUCCCUUCCUGACGUUUUUCGGUGUGUGUGUGUGUGUGUGUGUGUGUGUGUGUGUGUGUGUGUGUAUGGAUGGGCACGUCAGAGGAAACACGGACAUAGAUGAAGUGUGCGCUCUCACUCAUCAUUACCUUUAGAUUUUUUGCUGCAUUUUUUUCCAGGUGCCAGAAUGUUUUGACAUAUCAACUGUGUUCCACUUCCUAUUCUCCACCACCUCCGAGGCAUCCUCUUACUACCUUUGUGUGUGAUGUUGCUCGAGGGCCUGCCAGGACCAGCUCACCCAUCAUUCAUGUGGGUCUUGUUUCUCUGAAAACAAAGUGUAUGUGAUUCUUCUAUAUUCUAAUGUUCAGCUUGUAUUUUGUCCCACUAGAACUUAUUUUCACCCCCCCCCUCGCGACGACGUUACAUGCCUACAUGUUUUAGGACCUUAAGUGCUCUGAGAGUGGCUCACUUUCUCUUCUAACUUGUUGGGCCAUUGAGCAAGUUAGGAGCGACGGUUCAGAUUGAGGGGUAUUGCAGGAGUUGAUGCUGAGCUCCUGGACAGGAAGCGGUGUUCUCUGGUUGCUAAAGUGUUCAGUUUACCUCAUAGGGUAGUGGUGGUGUUGCAGACGGGCGGCCCGGUGGUUCGUCUUAAUGCCGCAGAGAGUAUUUAGAGUGGUCGUACAGGAGACUGCAGGGACAACCCAGGGACACUAGAGAAUAGUUGCAUGAUGCCAAAACACCAGGGGCCUCAUUUAUCAACCAUGCGUACGCUCGUUUCUGUGCACAGAAUCCAACUGUGCUGACUAAACGCGUGUUACUGGAGAAACCAGACUACAAACACACAAGCCAAACUACCAAUCAACCACCAGUUAUUGAUAACGAUUACUAAAGGCUGCUUUAAAAUGGAAAUCAAUCUUAUGUUGAGUUUGGAGCCACCUACACCUCUGUCACCCGUACCGUUAUAUCAGCAGGAGGUAGAUACAACUCUACCACAUUCUUUGAAAAGUUCAACUUUUCGAUGGCGCGUCAUUGACCUGUACGGUUGUUCAUUCUGUCAGACAAUGCAGUGAUCACAAUUGAUUUUCAAAAUAAUUUUAUCUACAGCACAGCCUGACAAAGACUCCUGUUUAAGGUUGUAUUCACAAGCAGUGAUCACUAAUUCUGACGUCUGACGUCUCAACCAGAAACAUCUUCUUGAAAUGCAUAGUAGACAGGCGAUCUAAAUGCCAAUCGGUCCAAACAUUCUUUCAACCAGUCACAUAUGUUUGAAGUGUAGGGAGAUAUUGAUGAAUUGUUCACAGCACAUAACUUGCAGUCCAAUCUUGAUGAGCAGUUGCAUGAAUUAAUUUUGAAAAUAAGACCGGCAACAAUGCAUUUCUACCUUUUUUCCUCUGUACCCACAAAAUUGACUCUACAUUUAGGCUGCUGGGACAUUCAGAAGGACGUGGUGACAUUCGUAGGCCUGUCUGGAUGCCAAUGAGCUUGUACGUCCACAAGCAGAACCAGAUCCCUUGUCCGUAAAGACAGUUUCGACUUUCCGAACUUGUUCUACGCCUGGUUUGAUAAAUGAGGCCCCAGAUCUUUGAGUGCCUCUCUGCUGCGUACGCCCAGUGAGGCAGAUACUGGCAAUGGAGCAAUAUAGAAAAAAAAGAAGAAAAAAAAAAAACAACAACAAAAAAAACAAAUCAGCCUGCGUUAGUGUCCUACUUUGUGGCGACUUCACUGGUGUCGGCUCGGGCCGGCGAGUGAUCAGCCAAUCAAUCAAUCAGCCAAUCAAUCAAUCUGUCCACUCUUAAAUACCCUUAGAUGAGCUGAUCAACUGCUGUCUUUCACAGACUAGCAAAGGGCUGUGUUAGUGUCAGCAUUGUGAGGAGUGUGAGGAGUUUUCAAGGGCUGAUCCAUCCUGAUUAUGUUCUGUUUUGUGUUUUUUUUGUUUUUUUUUUCGUUGUUUUUUGUUGCAUGGCUGCUGCCAGUAAAGUGCACAUUGACACGAGGACCCGCAGGGAUUAAGAAGAGUUUAAACUCCCCUUUUUAGCUAGGAACGCGCUGAGAUUAUAUAGAAAAAGAGAUUUAUACGAUAUUCAAAUUUGAUACCAGCGAGCAACUACUGAUACACCAAAAUGACAGCUGAGGACGCUAAAUCUGUCCAAGAAGUUGCUUCUAAUGAUCAGUCGAAGACAGAUUGGAGUCCAAAUUGUUCUCGGCUGUGAAACGUGGUAUCAGUGCGCCCACCCCUCCCCUUCCACAACCUCCCUUCCCCAUUAACAGCUUGACCUUCCCUCGCCUCACAUCACGUAACGACCAUCGGUUUGCUCCUCACACACUCCUCAUCACCAGAGUGAGAUGUCACGUGGAAGUCUACACUUGCCUCUGGAUUUUUCAAGAUGCACUUCAUAGAUUUCAGUCCCCUCGAGUUUACUCUCUGACCCCCACCCCUUGAUAUUUUCACGUGACGUGUCGUUUUGUUCGUUUGUUUUCCUUGACAAACUGUGAUGACGAGAACUACAUUCCCUCGAAGACAGCAGCGGAUGUAAUAGGCCCACACUUUGUGCUCCAUCCCCCUUCGAUCUCUUAGCUGUUCACGAUUUGAGUCCUGUGGAUCUAUGCAGAUGAACCCCACCCCCGAACUAAACCCCCUCCCUGACCACCACCACCAACAACAACCUCCCUUGUCCUUUCUGUUGUAAAUAUGUCCUGAAGAUGUGGGAUCCCAAACCCUAAAUGGCUGACCCUCGCCCCCAUCUCCCUCCUUCCCCUUCCCAGACCUCCCCCCACUGUUUGAAUCUCACUGUGUUUUCUGUUCGCCUCCUUGGUUUUUGUCUGUUUUUUGAGAUUUUUGCCGCAUUUUUCUGUUGUCUAAAGCAGUGAUGUGAGUUGAUGAGUAGGACUAAGUUGGAUGUUAAAAAGACAAGAUAAAGAGGUCUUAAAGAAAAAUAUACAAAAAAAAAAAAUGAAGCUUGAAUUGAGAAAAGGGUUCAAAUAUAGAGAAAAAAUUAUGAUAAAGUUGUCAUAUUGUCAUACUAGAGAUGCUUUAGUUUGCUAAUUUACUUUCUUUUUUUUCUACAAAAGACUUGGAUGAAAUUAUUUAUAAAAUGCGUCCCACGAGUCAUGAUCUUUUUUGGACGUAAAACAAAUA